GCUCUUUUCUCACCCAUCGAGGCUGGACCCUAACUUCUCCUGUUGUCCCACCCUUUCCUUCUCUCCCAUAGUCGGCCCUUCGUCGCUGUGAAAGUAUACGAUUAUCCUCCAUAGGCGUGGUGAGCCAUCAGAGGAGAGCGUGAUUUACCUAUUCUCUGGUUUGUAAAUACCUUCCACCGAGGCCCCAUUUUAAUACUAUUUUUUUUUUAAAAAAGUUUUUGUUUUGUUUUGGAGCUGACAUAGGUCCUGUUGGGGGUAGUUAUAGGCCAAUGGAGCGAUCCUAAAGAUCCACUAUCUGCCAACCGGUUGUGAAAAUACUCUCUCGGCCUCGAGUCAAUCAUUGCUGGCUGCCGUACUUGGGAUUGGGACUCGGCACAAUUUCAUUCUGAGGAGAGCGCAUGCCAUCAUCGAGAGGCAGGCUCCUCUACUAUUCUUUUGCUGGCGCUUCUCCCUCCCAUCGGUCUUUCUCGAGAACUUGGUUCAAAGCACCACUCAACGGGACAAAAAAGCGAGAGCUGGGCCCCCUGGAUUGAUUUGACGUUUUGACGUUGUUUAACCAACGACCUGUAGCGAACGGAGCCAUUCACUGUUAUUUUUUUUUUUACACUUUUUGCGCGGUGCGCGGAUUUUUGAGAAGGAAAGAAGGAAAAGGAAGCUGAAAUCGGUCGGAUCAUGUCGGUCCCUGUGCCUGAGAGGCCUUUGGGCCAUCACUGCUCUGCGAUUUUUAACGAAACUUUGUACACUUACUCUGCCACGGCGUUUCAAUCGUUGCGCUUGGCAAGGGAUGAAAAAUGGCAGGUGUUGCCUUCGGGCAUUGGCACUUCUGGGGCCCAGUGUGUUCAUGCUCACCGUAAUACCCCCCAAGAAGCUCUGUAUGUUAUUGGGGGUACGACGUCCGACCCGUCGGCUGUGCCGGAGGCUGGCUUUGGCGGGGUGCAACGGUGGUCGUUCAUCGGCAAGAGGUGGGAGACUAUUGCUUUGCCGGUGCCUGUGGCUUUCAACUUGACUAACCAUGGCGCAACCUAUCUGGAGACGAGCCAGCAACUUAUCAUCUUCUCUGGGACGAGAUGGCCGGACACUUCCACACCCUCGGCAAAUACUUACCUGAUCAAGACUUCAGCACCGUUUGAGAUAACCUCCAUCCCGGCCGCGGAUCCGUUACUGGCGCCUUUGGUUCUGCCGUGGGAGAAGGGUGGAGCUUUGGUAGUUGGUGGGGAUCGGGCUAAUACAAACUUGAAGGUGUUUGAAAUCGAUGGAGGGUGGAGGAACCUAGGGGUGAGGUUGGAAAAGGGAUUGCCUACGAGGGGUAGAGCUGCUGUGAGUUUGAUGGAUGGGGAUGAUGGGAGUAGGGUGCUGCUGGUUUUUGAUAUGACGACCGCUCCGACAACUGUCACCUUCACAAAGGUAAAGGAGCCAACUGGCGGUAAGCGCAGGAGGCAGGAAUCAUCGGCUCAGACCCAAACCUCUUCGGCCCCGGCUCCUUCGACAACGUCUCUAACCCAGGAAAAUUGGCCCGCGUACAAUGGGUCACUCGCUCCGGGAUCGACUAGGGAUGGGUUUUCUCUGGCUCAUAACGGGGACAUGGUGGUUAUAAGUGGAGGAGGGGAUGCUGGAGACCCGGUGGUUGUGUUUAACGCAAGAGCAAAUACCUGGGUGAAUACGACAGAAUUAUUUACUGGCCAGUCGUUCAUCACAGGGUCGGGUAGCAUCUCAUCACCAACUGUCACGCCCCUGGACCGCCCUACGUCGGAAGUGUCACCAACCGUAACUCCAACACCUACAAAAUCAACAGUGGUGGCCCCACCGGGCGGCGGUGGUGCUAAGUUAUCCACCAUCCAACUCCUAUUCAUCAUCCUUGGCUCCAUCCUUGGUGCAGUCCUGGUUCUCGCCAUUUCCCUCUUCAUCUUGAAACGACGGAAGAGACAGGAAGCCCACCGUCAAGCCGGCCACGAACGUCGUGCCAGCGGUGCGACACGUUUGUCCUUCCAAGACCGCGGCACCUCGUUCAUGCAGGAGACCGACGGCCCACUCCCUUCACCCCGACGUGGAAUCUUGAACCGUAGUAACUCCAACAGCUGGGCGCACGUGGAAAAGCAGGCCCUCCGUCCCUCAUCAUCAUCCAGCACACAAGCCCUAACCGGGGGUUCAGGACCAACAGUUCAUGCAGUGGGCGGUAUUGGAAUAGUCGGCAGCGGAAAAAUUCCCCCGCAACCGCUCUCCGCCAACAAUAGCACCACAAUGAACCGAAACUUAAGCUCAAGCGGAAAAGACAGAGCACGCGGCUCGGGCUGGAGUGACUGGUUCUCCGGCACAAGCGUUCCAACAAACCUGGUCGCACUCCCGCAAAGAUCAUACUCCACCGCCCGCUCAUCCGCCUACACCGACGCCACAACCGCAACAACAAACUAUUCACCCCCGCAUGGUCUACACACAAACCCAUACCUGCACAAUUCAGGAAGCGGUGUCGUAGCCGGUGGUCUUGGCGUCCCAGGAGCAUCCCUUUCCCCACCCCGCUCGCAAUAUAACCUACAGCGCUCCCCGUCUAAAGGUCUUGUCCUACAGGACCCGGGCGUGGGCGUCGGUUUUGCCCGCCGCGAGGAUCAACGAUCACACCCCGACGACGCGAGCGUUUACUCGACGGCUAGUAGCCUUUCGAGUAGAAUUCCAGAUAGCAUUAAUGACGAGAGGAUGGUGAACUCGGUUUGGACGCCGAUGGGUGGUGGGAGGGAUGAGUGGGGGUACGGUGGUGGGGAAAGUCUACAGCAGCAGCAGCGGGCUGUUACUAGCAGUGUUUAUCCGGAGAGUUUGAUGGUGAGCGACGAAUCUGGGGGGAGUGCGGGGCCGGAUUUGGGAACCGGCAGGAGUGUGGAUAAUCUUAGUUGGUUGAAUUUAAGGCAGAGUUGAGAACUUUUUUCAACUAUUGAAAAGGGAGGAAGUGUGGGGUCUUCUGAUUGUAGAUUGUGUCGUAAUUAUGUUUGCGUGUAUGUACCUACGCUUUGUUAUUUAUUUCUUUAUUUCUUUG